AUGCCUAGUCCCACCCAAUCAAUUCAUAUUCUUGGGCUAGGCAGUAUCGGCACCUUUGUGGCCCAUUCCAUCAGGUCCCUACCUUCUCCGCCGCCUGUGACGCUGCUCGCUCAUCGGCCAGCUCUGUAUCAGGAAUUUGCGUCACGAGGCUGGAAACUAGGGUUGCGACUUACAGAAGAUGGACCCUUGCAAGAAAGGGGAGAUUUCAAUGGCGAGCUGCUGGGGAAGACGCCAUCCACAAACCCGAUUCAUAAUCUGAUCGUUGCUGUGAAAGCGUCUGCCACGGUGUCCGCCCUUGAGCCCAUCAAGCAUCGCCUCGGUCGGCAUUCCACCAUUUGCUUGUUUCAAAAUGGCAUGGGCCAGAUUGAUGACCUGAAUGAGCGCAUUUUCCCCGAUGCUUCGACGAGGCCAACGUACAUGUUUGGCAUCAUGCGCCAUGGUGUUUACUUGAGGUCUCUGGCAGAGGCUAUCCUGGCCGGAGCUAAUGGCUCCGCUUCUCUUGGAAUUGUGGACAGUAAUGAUCAGGAGUCAAGGAGGUCGCAGGCUGAGUUCCUCAUGGAUGUCCUGCUCCGGGCGCCUUCUCUCAACUGUGAACGUUUGCAGUGGGCAGACCUAUUCAAGGUACAAUUAUUCAAGCUAGCAGUAAACUGCGUGCUUAACCCCUUGACAGCGAUACUUGAUGUGCGAAAUGGGUGUAUCGGUGAGAACUCGAACCUCUGGCCUCUGCACGACCGUCUUCUUCAAGAGAUAUCCACAGUCUUUCAAAACUUGCCCGAGCUUCAGAGCUUGCCGAUCGACCGGAACCUUUUUUCGGUUCCUUCACUCAAAUCUGUUGUAUCGGACAUGGUUGAGAAGACGGCACAGAACUCCAGCAGCAUGCGUGAAGAUAUGCGAAAGGGUCGAGCUACUGAGAUUGAGUAUAUCAAUGGCUGGAUCCUAAGGCGUGGCAAGGAACUAGGCAUUAAUUGUGAUACGAACGCUUGUCUGACUCAACUUGUUCUAGCAAAGAGUCAAAUAGGGAUGAAUGAUGGUGCUAGAUGA